AUGGCGCAAUCCGUGCCAAAACCGCAAUUACCAUUAAAUGAGACUAAUCAAUUCGCACCCCGAAUUGAAACACCCCAAUCCCCUCCGUCCAGACGGCGAUCUUCGCAAUAUGCCAAUUUAAGUCCUCAGCGCGCCAAGCAUCUUGAGCGCAAUCGAAUCGCCGCAAAUAAAUGUCGCAUGAAGAAAAAGCAACAGCACCAAGAAAUUGAGAAAGUCUUAAGCAACGAGACUGCGAAGCACGAACACCUGCUGUCCGUAGUGACCAGCCUCAAAGAAGAGGUCUGGCACCUGAAAAAUACAAUUUUCGAUCACGCGCGAUGCGACGACCCGCAAAUCAACCUCCAGCUUGCCAUAAUUAGCGAAAAAGCUACGCAAAAUAAUGCCGCUCCCUUCCAAUGCCCAUCACCCACAUUCUCAGCUAGCACAUACUCGGACAAUUCGAGCGGAGAGGCCAGCGCGGACUCUAUCCCUCCUGAAGCUAUUCCGGCGACGAUGACGGCCCCGAAAAUGAGUUACGACGAAUACCCCGAUACGAUUUUUGAGACAUUCAUUGAAGCCGACUAG